GUUUCGCGGUGUGUUUACAGCCGUCGGAUGUGGGCAGAUAGCCACCAAACACGAACGUGUAGCGUCAUAAAUUGUCUAACACCUUAAGGGUUGGCAGUGGAGAUUUAAACUGAAACUCUGCAACUUGACUGUGUCCGAAACACCGCCUCCUGAAUGAGUAUUGCUUCCCUCAGCACCAAUUAGCAACUUUAGGGGUGGGGUCACUAGUCAAGCCGAGUAAACUGCUUCACAAGCUCAACCACAUACCAGGAAAUAGGUCACGAAAUGUAAGAAGUGACCAGGCAACUAUUGGAAAUCUCCAGCUGAGAGUAACUAUGGGAUUUUACACUGCUGUCUGGUGAUCAAGGCAAAAAAAAGCAUCCAACCAUUUUAUUUUCUCUGGAAGAUUUUUUUGCUGAGAGUUGAUAAAGUGAUUCCCAAGAAUAAAAUAAUUAAGAAACAUGGGUUGUGCAAAAUCGAAGGAUUCUUCCAGCCAGGAGGAGAAGAGCUUGAAUGAUCCAGUACGUAAAUCUAACACUGCUCUUUAUGUGAAAGAUCCCACAUCGAACUCUCAUGCGACAAACACAAAUAGCUUCCCAUCUGCACAGUUUUCUUCGGGAGGAAGUGACGACCUGGUGGUGGUUGCACUAUAUGAUUAUGAAGGCAUACAUGAAGGAGACUUGAGUUUUAAGAAGGGAGAAAAAGUGAAGGUGCUCUCAGAGCAAGGCGAAUGGUGGCAGGGAAGAUCUUUGACAACUAAUCAAGAAGGUUAUAUACCCAGUAACUAUUUUGCCAAAGAUAACUCAUUGGAAAUGGAGGAAUGGUUCUUCAAAGGUGUCAGUAGAAAGGAUGCAGAGAGACAGCUUUUGGCAUCCGGAAAUAAAGUUGGCUCGUUUAUGAUACGAGACAGUGAAACAACCAAAGGUAGCUAUUCUCUCUCUGUUCGAGAUUUUGACCCUUCGUUGGGUGACACUGUGAAGCAUUACAAAAUACGUACUCUGGACAAUGGUGGCUUUUACAUCUCACCUCGGAUAACAUUCACCACUUUAAACAACCUGGUCAGCCAUUAUAAAAAGCAAGGGGAUGGAUUGUGUCAGAAACUUACAAAACCUUGCAUCAGUGAAAAGCCUCAGAAACCAUGGGAAAAAGAUGCCUGGGAAAUUCCAAGAGAUUCCCUCAAAUUGGAUAAAAAGCUUGGAGCUGGGCAAUUUGGUGAAGUAUGGUUGGCUACAUACAACAACCAUACCAAAGUCGCUGUGAAAACGAUGAAGCCGGGCAGCAUGUCUGUGGAUGCCUUCCUCAUGGAAGCUAACCUCAUGAAGUCUCUUCAGCAUGAUAAGCUGGUACGGCUUAAUGCUGUGGUAACAAAGGAAGAACCGAUAUACAUCAUUACAGAAUACAUGGCCAAAGGGAGUUUAUUAGAUUUCUUGAAGAGUGAUGAAGGGAACAGAUUGCAGUUGCCCAAGCUGAUUGAUUUUUCAGCCCAAAUUGCAGAAGGAAUGGCUUACAUUGAAUCCAAGAACUACAUACACAGAGAUUUGAGGGCUGCUAACAUCCUGGUGUCUCAUGCAUUGGUUUGCAAGAUAGCCGACUUUGGCCUAGCCAGGAUAAUUGAAGAUAAUGAAUAUACAGCCAGAGAAGGUGCCAAAUUUCCGAUUAAAUGGACGGCGCCAGAAGCUAUCAAUUUUGGGUCAUUUACAAUCAAAUCUGAUGUGUGGUCCUUUGGAAUUCUUCUCAUGGAAACCAUCACAUAUGGCCGGACCCCUUACCCAGGAAUGUCAAACCCAGAUGUGAUACGUUCAUUAGAACAUGGAUAUCGGAUGCCCCGUCCAGACGUGUGUCCAACAGAGCUCUAUGACAUCAUGAUGAAAUGCUGGAAGAACAAAGCAGAAGAGCGUCCAACUUUUGAAUACUUACAAAGUGUGCUAGAAGACUUUUUUACAGCAACGGAGAGCCAGUACCAGCAGCAGCCAUAACAAAGUGCCAAAUAUAUAGGGACGAUCACAGGAGAAGAGCAAUUCAGGCAACAAUUUUAAAUUUAACUGUUUAAGACCUGCACUUGCAGUUUUUUGCACCUUGUCCAAUAAAAAUAAUUUUCAACAUUCUUGAUCGUAAAUAACUGUUUUUCAUGCUAUGUAUUUUCAGUAAGUCUUUGAAAAUGUGAGCAAUCCUUCUGCACAAGAUAUAAAAUGUUCAUCAGUCCAUAAAUGACUGAAUAAUGUUUUUUUUUUCGGAACAAUGUUUAAAGUAAUAUUGGUAAUGUAUUUUCAUUGACAUCACAGUUUAUCUUUUUUCUAAUUGUGCACUAUUUUUAUACUGAAAGUAGCACUCAGAACAGCCUUGUCAUUACAACCUUUUUUUCCCCUUUUUACAGCAAUGUUAUGUUUACAUGCUACACAAAUCGAAGUUGAUUUGAAUUGUUUCAAUUCUGGAUGGGCUCUCAUGACAGGUUUCCCAAAGCACAAAUAGUUCAUAUAAAGGGAGCAGUUUUAGGAAAUAUGUUAAUAUAGUUGUACAGUGUCUCAAUAACUUGAUACAUUGAUCCCAGCACUUGCAAAGAGGGGAAGGCAACAAAGUUCUUCAAUAAUAUUUUCAAAGACUAGAUGCUAUUAAGAUGACCAUUAUCAAUUAAACUGAGUAUCCUAUUUCAUAUUAACUAAUAGAAUCCUUGGCUAGUCUUGCUUUGAACUGUGAGUGAGCAAUGUGUGGAGUUGUACCCUCUGAUCUCUUUCAUUCCUUUUUUAAAGGGCUCAUUUGUUGUCGAAAGUCAAAGUUGACUUAGUCAGACUUAGCAAAAAUGUAAACAAACUCACAUGACCGCUUCUUUGUGAAUUCUCCACUAUUGACUUUCCAGGGUAAUUUGGAAAUGAGCAGAUUCAUGAGGAAUGAUAAACUAUUGAGGCAAAAUCUUAAAACUAAUUCAAAUCUCUGAAAUCAAAACUAAACCCAUUAUUUUCAUUGAUCUCUUUUAUUCUUGGAAUAUUUUGUUUAAAGUUUUUUAAUCAAGUGUGGAAAAUAAUUUAUAAUGUGUGUGCUGCAUUAGUAAGUUUCAUUGGCCAAAGUCUAUAAGAACUUUGUUUAAUAAUGAACUGGAGUUUGAAGAUUUAUAAAGGAUGCAUCAUUUCUCUCUGGAUUGAAAUGGUUUCAGAAUUAAAGUACUGUGACUUCAGAAAUGUUGUCAUUCAUAGUGUAUAUUUGUAUUAAUGCUUGAGGUGUGAAAUAAAGUGCCUUAAUCUUACUAGUU